GCAACGAGUUGUUCUCUGGACCCAAAGCGAUGACAGCGUCUGCUGAUUCAUCCCAGCUCCAGCGGGCAGAUUCCAGUCGUGCAACUCCUAAGCGGCAGCGUACUCAAGAAGAACAGGACAAGUUGGAUGAUCAAGCGAGGCACGAAGCCAUGCACAACUUAGUGCAGAGCUGGCAGGACCGAUUGCAGCUCAUUGCCCUGAUCACAACGUUCUUUGCGGCCGCGGAGAUCAACUUUUUGGUAAUGACGACGGGGGAUGAUACCAGUUCUGCCGUCCGUCAAACUGCGAACGCGUGCUUCAAUGGCGCCGUCGUUUUCCACGCAUUCAGCGCCACCGUUUCCUUUCUUGCCGCAUUCCUGCUUGUAGGCUACAAGCUGAAGGAAGCCAAUAAAGAGAAGAAGGAGGUGGAAACCGGUAUCGAAAGUCCCGAAAAUGAGGCUAAGGCUGAGGAGGGUCGGAUUCAGGCGACUCCCGUCCCCGCACAAACACUGAGCGCACCUACUUUGCCUCCUUUAGCACCGAGCCCCCCCAUCUCAGCCGGGAAUACGCCGCGCGCUCCGCUUACGCUGUUGGGUCGAUCCAACUCGCCAUUUCACAAAGCUUCGAACUCGGCCGGUAACUCCUCUGACUUCCUGCCUAACAUCUCGAUGCCGUUCUCGGCCAAUCCAAGAAUGGUACAAACCUACUUCUUGGGAUCGGGCCAACCGCCUGUACACCUUCUCGAACGGCUGCAUACAUGUUGUACUUGGUCCGCCCUCAAUGGAUUCAUCCUCGCAUUUGUUGGCAUGGUGUGCUACACUUGGGCCUGGCACGCGAGGGCAGUGGCUAUCUUCACCAGUGCCUGCCUUGCCGCAUGUGUGGCUUCUGUUGUCAUCUUUGUGAGCACAGGGAGCUAUGUUAUCCAGGACGACGACUAA